AUGACGAGUGAGAUUAGUCGCGUGAACAAUUACUGUUGCGAUUGUGCAGCCACUCAAAGUCGAUGCAGUGCCGAUAACUGUCCCUGUGUGGCAGCUAGGAAGACGUGUGAUGAGCACUGUGAAAGCACCAGAUAUCGAGGAGAUUGUUUGAAUCAAGCGAUUUGCAAAUGUUCGUGCGAGGUGGAUCCAGCAAAACCGGCUAAAAACGCAUGUUCCAAAGCAGAACGGUGUGAUUGUCUGCGAAUCAAAGAGGGAUGCAGCAAAUUAUGCGCUUGCAGGCAGAUUUGCAAGAAUAAGGAACAAGUGAGAAAGGUGGCGAAGACGACAAAGCCUGCCCAGGGAUGUCAGUGCGCGAAGACCAAAAAGCAGUGCAUGAAAAAGGAAUGCCCAUGCAGGACACUCUACGAGUUCUGCUCUCUCAGCUGUAAGUGUUGUGGUGCAUGUACGAACGGGACGUCAAAAUUUAGUGUUCCAAAGCACGUCCAGAAUUGUUUUCUAGAUCAUAAACACGAAAGUAGCGGUUUGAUUGUUUCUCUAUUAGGAGAAGAUUACAUUUAUCGAGGGGACUUUUACCACGAUUCCAGGGGUGAACCGCAUGUGGAGGAGCAGCUGGUUGCAAAUAUAUAUGAUCUCAUCUCCAAAUAUAAUGUAGCACUACAGGAAAUUGUUAUUUUUGUUUCGAAGUCCCCGUGCUUUCAUCAGGAUUGUGACCCGAAAUGUGAAGUAGUGGACGAGUGCAAGAGCAAUAAAGCAUGCGCGAAGUUGCUAGGACUAUUGCUGAGCAAAGUAAGAAAAGAGCUGAAAAAAGUCGACGUGAAGAUGACUGUGAAAUUCCUCUAUCCGCAUUUGAACCGAGGAGAUCUCUACACAAAACAAGGAAUUCUCUGUAUGCUACAAGCUGGCAUCAAGGUUGAGCCGCUGCUAAUGAAAGACUGGUGUGCGAUUAUGGACUGGUCGCCAAAUGUGGAUCACAAGGGAGAUUAUUUGCAUUUGUGGAACAACCAUAAUCUAGAUAAGGCCGUCGCCCAAUCACAAUCGUUUAUUAACGAAUGUCGCCGAGCACUUGGGCUUUCGAUGAAAUUCUGGGUGGCAGAAAUCCAUGAAAUCGUCAAAAACACCAUCUUACACUUAUCGGAGCUUCGAGUCAAAUGCGGCGAUCUCAAUGACGCGCUCAAACAGCUGGAUCUCACCGCCACUCCUCACAAGAUCAAAUCUACUCCGUCAAAACGACGAUCGUUUAUUGAUCUCCUCGAAUUGAGAGACAAAUUGAUGCGCGGAUCAGCAGAACACAAGAAGAAUGGUUCUCAUGUCUCAGUUGCAAGUGAGGACGCACAAGCGCAAGCAAUGGUUGCCUCGUUCUGUGGACGAAGUUUCGACGAUUGCGAGACAGACGAAAUAGCACAACGAAUCCGGAGAGCGACGGCUAAUAUCAACGUGGAAAUAGAGACACUAAUGGAGUUUCUCACCCAUAAAGGCGCAAUCUCCUAG